GCCCAAAUGGACCCAAAUAGAGAAAAAUAUAGGAAAUGGGCCUGUUAGAUCUCAAAUAAAGAUGCUCCCUAAUAAUAAGUGGGCCUUACAUCAAUGCGACAAUCACGCAUCUCCGCACUCUGACUUGUCUCCUCCGUAAACACCCUUAAAGCCCCCCUUCCAAUCUCUUCUCCAUUCCCAAACAGAAAAACAUAAUUUAAAAGAACAAUUUUUCUGGCAGGGAAUUAUAAAUAGAAAUGGGAGAAGAAGGCGAAGGAGAAGAGUAUUUAUUCAAGGUGGUGGUGAUCGGAGAUUCCGCCGUCGGGAAGUCGAAUCUGCUGUUGCGGUUCGCCAGAGACGAGUUCGACGCGAACUCGAAGGCCACCAUCGGGGUGGAGUUCCAGACGCAGACGGUGGAGGUGGACGGCGGCAAGGCGGUGAAGGUCCAGCUGUGGGACACCGCCGGCCAGGAGCGGUUCCGGUCCGUCACCUCCGCGUACUAUAGAGGGGCCGCCGGAGCUCUCAUUGUGUAUGACGUCACUCGGGGGCCCACUUUCGAGAGCGCCAGAAGCUGGAUUCAAGAACUCAACAACCAUUGUGAUAACACAACAACAGUGAAGAUUCUGGUAGGGAACAAGUGCGAUUUGGGGGAGAUGAGAGAGGUGAGCAUGGAAGAGGGCAAGUCCCUUGCAGAAGAACUUGGCCUCUUCUUCAUUGAGACCUCCGCCUUGGACUCCACCAACGUCACCGCCGCCUUCGACAUUGCCGCCAGGGAGAUUUACAACAACGCCCGCCGGAACCUCAUUGACGUCUCCUCCCAUUCCUACUACAAACCCCAACUCGCCUCCGCCGACCACCGGGUUAGCCUCGCCGGCAUCGCCCUCUCCAAUGGGGGGACGAGUGGUGGUAGUAGUCACAGUAAGAACAUAUACACUGCUUGUUGUUCCACAUAAUUUUGGGCUGUUUUUUUCUUUUCCCCCCUUUUUUCCAGUCUGUUUUUGCACUUCUGUGGUAAAAAGUGAAUCUCUUGUCAUAAAAAAAAGUGAAAUUU